UUUUUGUUGAUAUUCUGUCAGUCUGCAACUCAAAGGAGCUCGAUCGAUGCUGCUAGCAUAAGAAAGCGUUGCUGCAGGACCCAACCAGGAAGUCAACAAAGUUGUAAUUUAAUAUUAGCGUGACUUCGAUAUUCAUCCAUAAACAUUGAACCGACGGGAUGAGUUCUGCCGCCCCUCCGACGAUUGGGGAGUUAUUCCUCAUCCUCGGUGAGAUGGGCUUCCCAGAGGAGCAAAUCCAGGCAGCUGUACAGGCCGGGCAUUUCUCUGUGUCAGACGCAGCUGAGUGGCUCUUGCAGGGUCAGUAUCCACAUCACAGGUUGGUCAAGCAGUCAUCGCAGCCGGCUGAGACGGCAAUUUCUGCUUUCAACCUACCCAAAGAGGCAGCGGGCACUUCAGAGACGCAUACAUCUCCUUCUGACAGCAGAGCAUCCCCUUCAUUGUUGCUGAGACCCUCACAGUCAGGCAACCUGUCCCCAGACCCACUACCAGUUGAGUCGCGCAUUAAACAGGACAAGAGUGACUUUGAAGAGCAGCAGAGGCAACGCGUUGCACAUGAGGCUAGAACAGAGAGAAGACAAAAGAAACAGGAGCGUGAGUCUGUUUUGAAGCGGAUAGCUGAGGAUCGGAGGAGUUUGCAGCAGAAGAAGCAGACCAGCGCUGCCACAGAGACGUCUCCUCCCAGUGCUCAAGGGGAGAAGCUUGGAGGACAGAUUCAGACUAAUGUGGACAACAACUGCGUCCUCAUGAUUCGUCUCCCAUCUGGCGAGUCGAUGCGUGAGCGCUUCCCAGCCGACGCCCCUCUGCGCAGCGUCAUGGAGCACAUCACCGGGCGUCACCCCUCCCUACCCUCCUUUUCUCUACUCCAGGGUUUUCCACGGAAGCGCUUCGGGGAGGCGGAGCUCGCUUGUUCGCUGCACUCUCUUGGCCUCACUCCCAACGCCGCACUGUGCAUUCAGACCACUCCUCCCGAGACUCCUCAGGAUCCACCGAGUCCCGCGAAUCCGCCGUCAGUGGGACAUAUUGAGCCCUCUCCCUGUGAUGCGUGUCCUCAGCCACACGUCCCGGUGCUGGAGGGGGCGGGAGGGCAGGACCUGGUUCUCCCUCCUCCACUACCCAACCAGCUGUGGGAGGAGGCGGUGAACUACGCAGGGAUUCCUGGAGUUGGUCCUUCUCUGACUGGGCCAUCUCACUUCUGGGGCCGAGGCAACAGGAUGGUUACUGGUAAUGCCGAGGAAGCUGCGGGCAUAGAAGUCGAUGAGGAACAAGGAGAUGAGGAAGAUCCACCCUACAUGCUUAACGGAAUGCCGCGGCUGCCUUUCUUCCCGGACAAUCGGUUCCGUGGAGAAUUUGAGGCGCGGCACGCUUGGCCAGAGCAAGGCAACCGCCUGAGGGAGGCUCCGGAGGAGGACCCAGCGGAGCCUGAGGAUGCUGGAGGUCGGGAGGCCCCUGGAGCUGCAGGUCUGGCUGCAGUGGAGCGUCUUCAAAGAGCUGCACAGCAAGAAGACCCCCGAGCCUCCCAGGGACAACCGUCACCCCCUAAAAAACCCUUCAGGGCACCCAGCGUGCCGUCCCUAUGUGCCUUGGCGACCCGCGCAACCGUCCACCUCAUGACUGCUCCCAGCAUGCAGUACAGCAGCAGUCUGGCAUGCCUCACCCCGGAGCUAGCGGAGCUUCUGCUCAACCACAUGUCCCGCGAGAGGCUCCUGCGUCCGCGCACCCUGGAGCUCUUCUUCGGCUGCCCGUUGCAGAAGUUUGUCCUGAACUGCUACCCUUACUCCACCAACGAGCUCCUGCGGCAGUUACGGGCCUUCACGGCACUGAAGCACCUGAGUCUGGUCAGCUCUCCUCUCAUCACUGAUUCCGGGCUGUCAAUCAUUUCCAGUCUGCUCAAACUCCAGUACCUCAACCUGGCCUCCUGUAGCAAACUGACCAACUCCUGUCUGCAGCACAUCACAGGUUUAAAGAGCCUGUGUUUCCUGUCGCUGGACCAGACCAAAGUGACAGAUGCUGGGAUGGUGUUGUAUCUCCAGUCUGCUCCGUCCUGUCUCUCUCAGCUCAGCCUGAACCAAACAGCUGUGACUGAAGCCACACUGGCAGUCCUGCCCACCUGUGUGCCACAACUGAGGCUCCUCAGCAUCAAGCAGACGAAGGUCAGUGAUGUGUCGGCAUUGGCGGAGCUGUCCAUCCUGCAGACUCUCAUCCUGGAUGGGACAUGCGUGACGGAAAGCUCUCUGGAGCACCUCGCCAGCCACCCUGCCCUGUCGUCCCUCAGUGUGGCAGGAAUCCCCGUAGCAGAUGGUGAUCACGCCCUGCAGAUCAUCUCAGGUUUAAAGUUGACUCAGCUGACCCUCCCAGGACGCCACUUGGUGACAGACAGCGGGUUGUCCUUCCUCUCUAGACUGUCUCUGCUCUUAGAGCUGGACCUGACGGACUACACACAAGUCACGGACCAGGGCGUCUGCCAGCUCUCCACCAUGAACAGGUUGAAGAAGCUGUCACUGAGCAACACACAGGUGACGGAUGCAGGGCUCCCCUCGCUGCGAGGCCUGCAGGAGCUGCAGGAGCUCUGUUUGGACCGAACGGCGGUCACCAGCCGAGGAGUGGCCGAACUCGUCACCUGUCUGCCGCACCUCCAGGUACUGGGGUUAGCCAGCACUCGGGUGGGCGACACAGUAGUGAGGAGAGGUCUGAUCCGCUGCAAUCAACUUGUGAAGCUCAACCUCAGCCGCACGCGGAUCACAGACCACGGUCUAAAGUUCUUGAAAAACAUGCCUCUAGCUCAGGUGAACCUGGACGGCACCGGCGUGAGUAUGAUGGGUAUUGCGAGCCUCCUCUCUUUCACUAACAUCAGCAGCAUCCGGGCGAGCAACACCCGCAGCAUCCCCCCAGACGACGUCUCGGAUGAGGAGUGGGAAGCCCAGUGAGCAUCGAGAGCUUCCGUUGGUCCGUGCAUACUGUACCUGAGCAUCCGACUGCUGCGGUCCUCCUUUAACCCCGGAAACACGCUGCUGUCUGGAUACUGAAACACUCCUAUUUGCACUGUUUCAUACGUAGCUCGGGCCACUAAUCUGUCAAUCACAGCCACUACCAAGUUAAAACCUGAAACAAGAGCCUAGGGGAUAUAUAUAUAUCUCUAUCUCUCUCUCUGGAACAACUCCACCCGACAAACGUUAAAGCCUUAUAGGUAGGAACUAUCCGUUUUUCUCUUCGUUGGAGCUUUUUGAGCCGACCGGCAGGAACAUAUUAAACGUUGGAAAUGUAACUUAUAACACAGCAUGUAUUUUCCGACUGUAAAGACUAUCAGCCUGAUAUGUUUGAAUUCAAUUAAAACCUAAAUAACAAGUUGUCAGUUCAACUAAAUCUUUUUUUGGAUGUGGAGUCGGAGUUAUUAAAACUAACAUUGAAGCUUUAGCUGUAUUUGCGUCAUGUUGGAUUUAUUAGAAUGCAUUUCAAAAUGAGAUGUCUAUUAGAAUUAGGUCUUUUAGUGUGAAUGAUUGGCACUAUUAAUUGUACAGUACAUGAGGAAAACACUAGACAUCAAUUGUCAAAGAUAAAGUAUCGUAGAGUGUUGACACCAUGACAAAGUAUUUGCUCAGUUUCUCAUUUUAAUUUUAUUUCGACUGCACUUUUUCUACCAUGCUGCUAGAUGUCGGGAUCCUUAUGUUACAUAAUUGGUCUACGUAGGCAUCGUUUAAAACAAAUGUUUCCUGUUCAAAGAGAAGUUGAUCUGUGAUAAAGUGGUAUGUGGCAGUGAGAACACGAGUCGUGUCAGUUAGAACUUUGUGAGAAACUGAACAUAUUCAUCCUGGUAGCAGAGUUUGGCCAAACUUGUUUCUUUGACACUUUUCCUGUCCGACGUAAACAAAGCUUUACUGUAAGAGCUCAUAAUGAAGAGCUCAUAACUUGUGAUGUUACUGCAAACCACCGAGUCACUUAACUUUUUAAAGUGCAUUGAUUCGGUUGAUAUUUCAUAAAUGGCUGUAUUAGCAUUGCUACCAUCUUGACCAGUUUAGCCAUUUUCAGUUCCAUGGACAACUGGGUGAGCAGCAGCAGCGGCAUACAGUGAGACUAAGAUGAAGUAGGAUCUAUGCAGCCAUGGGGCUCUCAAGUCAGAAUCCAAAGCAACUUAUUUUACUCACAUCCAGUUCUGUCCUCUUGUUUACAGAGAUGUAAGAUAGUUUAUUUUCCCUAAAGGCUUUUGAUUUUUGGAUACGAGCACUGUAUUCGUUAAGUGUAAAAUAAAGUCUUUGAAAUCCUAA